AUGGUGCACUACGUGGACGUGCACCUGCCGUGGUCGCACUCCCUCUGCGCCUGCUGCCUCCCCCGCAUGCUCCGCCCCGCCCCACCCAUCACCUUCCAGAUCUCCUCACUCACCUCCCUGCGCAAGCACCUGCAGCAGCCCGUGCCGCCCGCCAUGCUGCCCUUCCGCCUCCCCAACAAGCCCACGCCGCCCAUCCUCGCCUACUCCGCCACCAUCCCGCUCUCCGCCCCUCCUCUCCGCCCUCCAGGCAAUUCCGGCGCUGCUGCUGCUGCUGCUGCUCCGGCUGCGAGUGCUGGGCCUGGGCUGGCCUCCGCCCCAUCCUUGGCAGACCAGUAUCGGUGGAAGGUGGACGCGGCGCCUGUGGUUGCAGCAGAGGGGAUGAUGCUCGAAUGGCUGGCAGAGCCACGUGUCGGCCUGCUACUGGACCUCCAGAUUAUUCGGCGCCAGCUGGCAUAUAUUCUAGGCAUUGAUAGUCUGGCUGCUGCGCGUGCAGCCGCUGGGACUAGAAGUACCGGAGGAGAGGCAGCCAGCCGUCAAGAACUGUGGUGGUGCUGCUGGCAGUGCAGCCGCUGUUGGACGCGCUACCGCCGUGCCGUGUCCAUCCCUGCUUUCACCGUGCUUGUCGCCAAGUUCCCCCGCUUUGUCACCCUCUGGAGAGCAAACAUCCGGUCUGCUACUGUGGCGUUUCCCAACCCGCUGUUUGCCCAGAGUGCUGCUCUGGUCUUCUCGGACUCAGCUGGCAGCAGGUUCAAGGAGAGGGUGGAGGACGCUGCUGUGGAGGAAGCAAGGAACCUGCUGGCAGCGGGGGAGAAAGGCACAGAGGGCAGUGGAGUGCAGGAUCGAGGGAAGCGAGCAGUGGAUUCAGACGUCCCAAGAGUGGCUCCUGCUUCUUCUGCUGCUGGGGCUACAGGUGCAACCAAGGCAUCCAGCUCUGCAAGUGGCGCCAGGCUAGUGCCCGUGAACAGUAACGCGGUGGUUGGGCUGUUCACGUACCGAGUUACCUGCCUGCUGCGGUGGGUGCGACUUUAUGGGUUCAGGGUCAACUCCUCUGAGCACUGCAUAUGCUCCGAUCGGAAAAAGCCUGCCAUCGCCCUCCUGCAUCCAAUCCAUGACCUUCCAAACCUGCUGCAAAGGUUCGGCGCUGCGCCCAAGCCUCAGGCUGCCACAGGCUUGGAAGGUUCGCCUGCGACCGUUUGGAAGGAGUUUCCGGAGGGGGACAGGGCGGCAGUGGCGGAGGGUGAGAAGGACACGGGGGAGUUCAUGGGGAUCAAGAUCCUCCAUGUGGGGGCGUUUCAGGGCGGUGAGGUGGACAGGGAGGAGGUGAAGAAGGAGCACAACGUGAGGGAGCUGAACCUGCCCCCCCUGGGUACACUGUCCACCGUGAACCACAACCCUGGUGGUGGGUACACUCUGCAGGACAACACCAGCGGUCCUUAUUUCCCCACGCUCAGCCACCGUGUGGAGGAGUUUCUGAGAAGGUUCGCCCCUGCACGGCUGGCAAGGGAGGGCAGGAACGGCCCUCUGGCCCGCGCUAUCACCUCCUGGGCUGGCCGUCUGGGCCUCAGGGAUCGAGCAUGGGCUGCUCUGGCUCUCGGGCCGUUUGCGCCUGGCAGAAUCAAGCCCAUCCUACGGUCCAGAAUCCAAGUGGACAUCCUGAUAGAGAUGAUUGCGAACAGCAUUCUGCCUGCACCUGUGUGCACCCGCUGCGACUGCUGCAUUGGCACGUACUACCUGGCCGUGAACCUCACGUCUCUCGUCGUCACCUUCGCCUGCCGCCCCUCGUCCGCGCUGCUGCGCUGCAUCCUCUCACUCUUCCCAGCCCGCUCCGCCCGCUUCAGAAGCUUCCUGGAGAAUUUGGGCGUGGCGCCGCUCCCUGCGGUGGUCCCGGACUCGCUGGUGGCGGCGCUGCUGGAAGGCGUGAUGGAGGAGCAUCACCUGCCGCUCAUCUUCUAUGGCACUCAGCUCAUCUUGAAAGAGGAAGGCUUCGAGGCCAUUCUGGAACCUGUCGGGCAGGACGGGGGCGGGCAAGCAAGGGGGGAGGGUCAGCAGCAGCAGCAGCAGGGGGAGGAGGAGUGGAGGAUGUGGGAGGAGGUGGAAAGCUGGCGCAUGGCGGCUGGGAACGCGUGGCCUGCUUUAGAGGCACAUGGUGCGGCGUUGCAGAGAGGGGCUGGUAGGGGAGUGGGUGGAGUGGAGGAAGAGGAGUUGGAGGAGUGCUGUGAGGGCAUGAGGCGCGCCAUGAGGGACGAUGUGGCUGUUGCAGCUGCAAGGAAGGAAGCUCUGAUUGCCAUGGUCAUUGCUGCUGGUGACCCUGGGGCCACUGGUGCAAAUGCGGGCACAAGGACUGGCGAGGGGCAGGGGGGGAGGGCAGGGGCAUCAUACUUGGAGCCGUGGCCGGGGGGGGGAAACCCCUCUUUCUUUUCAGGUCUCGUCACGGCAUCGUGGUACGCGCCGUCCGAGGCGUUGACCUUGUCCACGGGACCCACGCCGGUCAACGUUGACCUCGCCGCCUCGUCGGACCUCUCGGAUUCGUCCGUCGCUUCGACGCUUUCCAGCUCCGGCGACUCUGCCGCUGCUGUCGCUAAAUCGGCAAAACUGGUGCCGGCUGCAGUCCAAGCACCUCCCGCUCCCCGCGCCGCUGCUACACCCAUUGCCCCGCGCGCGUGCCCUCGGCCGCUCGUGCUGAGCGCGUACGACGGCGUGCUCGACCCCGACCUGUUCGACGCAGCCGGCGAGUUGGGGCGCGGCGGGUUCGGCACAGUCGUGGCGAUGCGGCGAGUGGAGAGCGGCGAGGUGGUGGCGGUGAAGCGCGCGGAGCGGAAGCAGCUGGUGGCGGCGUCGAACGAGGCGAUGGUGUCGGCGUCGCUGAGCGAGUGCCCGGGCGUGCUGGGCGUGCGCGAGGUGCAUCUGGCCGAGCAGCACGCGUACAUGCUCUCCGAUGUGUGCCACGGCGGUGACCUCCGCGCCCUGCUGCAGCGACGCAAGGCUGCCACGAGCAACACCACGGGGGACGCGGGGAGAAGCGAUUGGAGGCGGUGGUGGAGGAAGGCGAGCGGGGAAGGCGGGCGGGGAGGGGGAAUGGCGGAGGCGGAGGCGCUGGAAGUGGUGAAGCACGUGGGCGACGCCGUGGCGUUUGUCACGAGCGAGGCGUGCCUGUCCGCGCCCGUCUCCUCAGCGCGCACCUCCCCCCGCAUGGCCGCCGGGGCAGUGCGGCUGGCGGACUUUGGGUUGGCGCAGGUGGUGGCGGAGGGGCAGCGCGGGUGCAGCAUUCCCGCAGGCACGCCCGGAAAACCAGCGGGGGGAGCAGAGGUACGAAGCGCAGAGGCAGCGGGGUAUGGGCGCGCAGCUGACGUGUGGUCGCUGGGGAUGACGCUGUACGAGAUGAUUGCGGGCGAGCGCCCGUACUCAGGGGAGGCGCCUCAGCAGGGCGGGUGGCGGGCGCCUGUGGACGGGGCUGCGUGGGUGGGCGUGUCGGAGGAAUGUCGCGCGCUGGUGAGCGGCAUGCUGAGACGGGGGGAGCAGCGCGGGGAAGAGCAGGAGUGGGAGGUGGUGGUGAGUGCAAUGGGUGGAGGAGAGGGAGGCGGGGGUUAA